UUGUGUUUUUUUCUUUCUUUAUUCAGGUUUCAGAUUUUCAGAACUGUUAGGCCCCAAUAAAACCCUGUUUAGGCAAGGGGCUUUGUGGACCAGUUUCCAGUGCUCCUAUAAGAAUAUAUAAGAAGAUAUUAAGAUAAGGCUCAGCUUGAUUCAGUUUAAUGAGAGAAAAUAUUGCCAGCACUCAUGCCUGCCUUCAGACCUUUAGAGCUGCUUUUGAAGACCUCAGUGGUGAUAAGUGUAAACCCCUGCUUUGAACCUCCAGCUGUACUAUUAAGACUUUUGAACUAUAAAGAUUUGUCAGCUCAACUCUUUACUUGGGAAGAUGAAUGUUGCUAGGUGUAAGUUGCAACCUCAAAUUUCAAUCUUUUAUCUGAAAAUACCUACUGGUUGCAGCUGCUCAAGCAGGGAUUGUCAUCAAAUUGAAUGCAACUUUAUUGGAUAACUUUUUAUUUUUCUUUUAUUUUUAUUCAGUUCUAGAUCUGCCGACAAGACCUAAAUUGGUGCACAUUGUUAUGUAUGUUUGGCUCUUCAAUUUUCUGUUAUUCACUCCUAAUAAAUCAUAUUUAUUUAACAAUUUAAUUAAUUUUAAGCAUUUUCUGUGCUGAUAAAAUUACAAUUCUCAAGAUUCCUAAUGAAACUUCCAGAGUUCCAGUGUAGGAUAUGAGAGCAGAAAACUAAAGUCAUUCCAAGUUAAGUGCUGAAAAUAUUAAAUGUACAAUAGCAAGUCAUCCACUGUUAUCAGUUGCAAAGAUCUACUGCUCUGGAAAACCGAAAUGUCUAGAAAACGAAAAUCUAUUGAGGAAAAAAUUCAAAUUUUGGACAAAGUUCGGUGUUAUGAUGGUAGGUUAAAUUCCUGGCAAUUAUCUGAAAUGUUGAGUUUGAAAAAAUCUACUCUAACUCGUCUGUGUAAGAAUGAAUCCAAGCUCCGCUGUGAAGCAAAAGAGCUGCCCAACAUGAGGAAAAGAAUAAGGCUUGGCAAGAAUAAUGCUUUCAAGAAUGUUGAAAAUGCUCUAAGAAGUUGGGUAGAAAUAUGCAACAAGAGAGCUGUAAGUCUAAAUGCUGAAAUUCUUAAGGAGAAAGCAAAAAUUUUUGCAACAGAGCUUGGUUACCCAGAAUUCAUACCUUCCCACACAUGGUUCACAAGAUUUAAAACACGCUAUCAGAUUAAGUUGAGAAGAGCUCCUGGCGAGUCAAGCCUAGCUUCACAUCUUGCCAAACAAUGGAAGUUUUCUACCAUGCCUCAGCUUCUAAAACAAUACUCACCUGAUGACAUCUAUAAUGCAGAUGAAACCGGAUUAUAUUAUCGUGCAACACCCAAUGGAUCACUUAAUUUCAGAACUGAUGCCUUGACAGGCUUCAAAAGUACAAUGGAUCAUAUAACAGUUCUGGUUUGUGCAAACAUGUCUGGCUGUGACAAGAAAAAAUUGUUGGUGAUUGGCAAAAUGGACAAAUCUAGAAAUAUUACAGGGCUAAAAAUGGAAUCAUUGCCUGUUGAGUAUACAUCAAAUGAAAAUGCAUGCAUGACUUCCAGCAUAUUCUCAGAAUGGGUUACAAGAUGGAAUGCAGAACUUGUUGAAUGUAACAGAAAAAUUGUGCUCAUUGUGGAUAGUUGCACUGCUCACAUGCACCUGCAGAACUUGUCAAAUAUUCAGCUGGAAUUUUUGCCUCCUCUGACCACACCUCUUAGACAACCCAUGGAAAGAGGCAUAGUAAGAGACCUCAAGAUGUUGUACCGCUCCUCUUUAGUGGAGUUCACUAUGAAAGCUAUUCAAAAGUCUCUGCUUAAGCCAGAAUCAACUGCAAGACAUGUCAGUUCAAAAAUAUCCAUUUUGCAUGCAGUUAGUUUACUAGCAGAUAGUUGGUGCAGAGUCAAGAAGAGCACUAUUGUUAAUAGUUACAGAAAUUGUGGCUUUAAGCUUCCCAAUGAAAGUGAUAACGUAAGUCUGGGCUCAGAAGGAAAUGCCAGUUUUGACAAGGAGAUUCUAAAAGUAACAAAUUUUAAAGAAUUCCUAGAGGUGGAUGGAAAAUUGUGCUGCUGUGUUGAUGAUGAAGAUGACCUCGUGGCAUUGAUUGUCCAAAACAUCAAGGAGCAAUGCAGCACAAUAUCCAACACUCAUGACAGACCAGGUCCUUGUAUUGCCAGCAUCAGCAAUGCAGACACCAACGAGGAGGACUUUACAAAGGAAGGUGAAGAGGUUGUUAUCUCAUCACUACCGCCACAAAUGUUAGAGGAAUAUUAUGUCAAGGAGGAAGAUCAAGAUGCGGCUGACAACAUAUCUGUGAAAGAGGAGCCAAUGUGCCUCAGCGGAAACCAGGUCUUGCCUGGUUCUGGUGGCGAGAGAGCGCAGCCUUCCAUAACUGAUCAGCUGCCUACGCUCAGCCUUCCUUGCCCCUCCGUCUGCAAGGAGGAGGUGAAGACUGAGGCUCCUGAUGUCCUCCAACAUCCCUCAUAUGAUCCUCUAGAACAUCCCUCACAUGAUGCCCUCAAUCAUCCCACACAUGAUCCCCUUAAUCAUGCCUCACACAAACACCACAAACAUCCCUCACAUGAUGCCCUUCCACAUCCCUCACAUGAUGCCCUUCCACAUCCCUCACAUGAUGCUCUUCCACAUCCCUCACAUGACGCUCUUCCACAUCCCUCACAUGAUGUUCUUCCACAUCCUUCACAUGAUGUCCUUCUACAAUCCUCACCUGAUCCUCUCAAUCAUCCCUCAUACGAACACCUUGAACAUCCCUCACAUGCUUUUCCACGUCCCUCGCAGAACAUCACGACUGUGGUCUCCGAGGACCAGCUACAAUUACCUCCACGUCUCGAGCAGCGCUUAGCCAUCAAGUUCUGCAUAGGGCUUGGCAAAUCAGCUGAGGAGACGCUGGCCAUGAUACGACAGGUGUUCGGCAGCGAGAGCCUGCCAAGCAGCGCUGUUAUGAGAUGGCACAAGUUCUUCAGAGAGUGUGCACAGCUCAACAGCCGCUGACCAUGAUACGUGGCGCGUACGUCUUGGAUCAAUGUCCGUGUCAGAGGGAAGCCCAGCGAUCAAGUGCUCUGUGGUGACAAUGCAGCGCGCCUCACCCGAUGCGUCGACAGAUAACUCGCUAGUGUCAGCAAUAUUAUUAAUCGCGAGCUGAUGACCGACAUACGUGACUAAGUUCAUGAGGGUACAGUCCCUGCUCCUCAGUAUCCCUACAGUGCUUGCUCUCUGGCCUUCUUACCGACCAAGCUACAGCCCUCGCUGGCACAGCUGCCGGCUAUCCUCGCUCCCCCAGCCAUCUACAGUUCCCUCCAACAACCUCGGACAUCGAAGCCCGAGACUAUUUAAUAAAAAAAUCAUUAAUUUCCCUAGCUUGUCGGUCAUAAUUCCUCUUUACUUAGAUCUACGUAUGUUUUAUCAAUAAUAUUUAUGCCCUGAUGACUUACACUAUUUUGGUUGCUUAGCCGAGGACAUGUCAGAGUUCGAGUAUAUAUCAGGUGGUGCGAGAACGAUGUUUCGCUGGCUGUUUCCACUCCACUAAACUGUUCACUGACUAACACAAUAAAAGCUAGUAGCAGUUUUCACACGCCACCCAGCGGCUAACCGUUCAAACAGCGCUCUUACUAUAUGCCCUUAUUAUCAGUACAGAUAGAAAUGCUGCGCAGCUAGCUAAUUGUCGACUAAUGCUAAGUCAUAUCAACGUAUUCCAUCCCCCUCAAGAGGACUUCCUACGCGUGUCUGUGCUCGUCAGAAGUCCUAUGGUAUUUCGCGCUACUA